AUGAUCGCAAUCGUGUCAGUGCUCUUGGCUCUGCUGGCUCCCCAAAGCAAUGCAUUGAUUUCGGGAGAUUUGAAUUGCACGACCUACAACGGAACAUUUUUCGUCUACACCCCGGCUGCCACCGCAUGCUCCAACGCCAUCUCCGACGCUUCUUGCGCUGUGCUCUACCCAGUAGCUGUCGCUGCCGAUGGAUACCCAAUGCCAAAUAACAAUGCAGAGAGACCCCGCCCGUGCUACACAUCUGCUGCAGCUACACCCGCGGCGAUUGUACAGGAUAUGAAAACUGCAGCGUUGUCCAGUUGUGCCAAGACGUGCGGAUUGUGUUGUCAGACUAGUGCCUAUAAUUGCGCUAAUGUUGCAUUUCCCCGCCUCACCUGCUCCACGAUCACCCGCACCCAAUGUACGUCCCCGCAAUGGAGAACCAUCAUCGCUCAAGAUUGCCCAUCGGCUUGCGGAUUCUGUAACGAUGGUGGAUGCGUGGACGCUGUGCCAGACUGCGCAAACGAUCGCUCCGUCUGCCAAGCCGUUGGAAUGCAAGAGUUUGUGAAUCUGAACUGCCAGAAGACAUGUGAAAGAUGUUCGUCAACCACCACUGCUAGAUCUGGAACUGGCUGCACUUCUUUCGCUGCCGAUAGCUCCUCCAACUGCCGCAAUUGGGCCUCCAACGGAUUCUGCACCAAUACCUUCUACACUAUUGCACAGAGAAGAGCAUAUUGUGCUACAAGCUGCAGCCUUUGUUAG